CACCAGCUUCCAAAACCCACGACCGAUGAUAAUUUGAAACAGAACAGCUAGAAAUUUUAGUCGAUUGAAGCACAAGAGUUGAAUUGCGCAACCAUCGCCAGCGACCAUCAUCACCUGAUCAAUAUGCCCAGCACCAUCAAUGAGCUUCCCUCUGGCGUUCAGUCUGUGGCCGCAGACGCUCCUUUCGACUACAUCAUUCGCCUGCUGAAGCGCGAUGGAGGUGUCUUCAUAAAGAAAUUCGUCUCGGAGGAAGACGUCGACCAAGCGUACAGCGAGUGCCGCGACCGCAUCGACAACGAUAUGGAAUGGGAGGGUGAUUUUUUUCCGAAGGAGACACAGCGAGCGCCUGGUCUGAUUGGACUGAGUCCGACAUACACAAAGACACAACUCAUGCAUCCUCUGUAUCGAGCAGUCUGUGAUCACUUUCUUACGACAAGAAGCAUGUUCUGGUGGGGAAAUGAGAGAAAGGAGUCAGUAUCGAAGCCUUACGUACAUUCGGCUGUAGCCAUGAGGAUUGGACCGGGUGGAAAAGCACAGCCGUUGCACCGGGACGACUACAUCGCACACAAUGUGCAUACUGAAGUCUCGGAAUGGGAUGAUGCUCGAGACAUGAAUCGCGAGAGUGCUGUCGGGUGUUUUGUAGCAGGAUGCAGAGUGACGCCUGAAAAUGGCGGAACAAAUUUUAUUCCCGGCAGCCAUCUAUGGGGAAACGAUCGCAAGGAGCCACCAGACGUCAGUAUGUGCAUCCAAGCUGACAUGGAAAAAGGGGAUGCAUUCUUCAUGCUGGCUUCUGCAUUUCACGGCGGUGGAGCCAACAGCACGAAGGACGAGCAACGUCUUGUCUUUGGAACUUUCGUGACACGAGGCUACCUCCGUCAGGAAGAGAACCAGUUCCUUGCUGUACCUCCUGAAGUGGCGAGGCAGUACCCUCGAGACGUAUUGGAGUACCUCGGAUACUCUAUCUCCGACCCGGCUUGUGGAACAGUCGACCAACUCGAUCCGAUAUAUGCACUUUAUCCCGAGUGGAAAAAGGACGCCAAGUACAAGGAUUUCUAGGUCAGGGGGAGUUUCAAGCAACAUAUCGUUUGACGCCUGUAUCAAAUUUUUCUCUCCCUGAUCUAUGUCAAACCCUUCUGUGCAAAUUACCGAAGAUAGUCAACGUUCGAUCUAUGCUUGGGGCUCCUUUGACAAAGUAGAACCUCAUUGUUCAGCCAGAAUUCCGUAUGCCGAUGUUACAUUCUAUGCAUGACCGAGGACAUUCACCUGGUAGAAUGAAAACUUUCCAACCACCAAAGCAUUCUCAGUAUACGCACAGAGUGCAACCCAAGAUCACAAUUUCG